AUGCCAUUAGAUUUCAAGGACAAGGUUGUCAUUGUUACCGGAGCUGGCUCCGGUUUGGGCAAGGUCUACGCGUUGGACUUUGCCGCCAGAGGUGCCAAGGUUGUCGUUAACGACUUGGGUGGUAGUCUCAAGGGUGAUGGUGCCUCCUCAAAGAACGCCGACAUCGUCGUUGCCGAAAUCAAGGCCGCCGGUGGCCAAGCCGUCGCCAACUACGACAACGUCUUGGAUGGCGCCAACAUUGUCAAAACCGCCGUCGAGGCCUUCGGUACCGUCCACGUCAUCAUCAACAACGCGGGGAUCUUGAGAGACUCUGCCUUCAAGAACAUGCCAGAGAAGGACUUUAAGCUCGUGUUGGAUGUCCACUUGAACGGUGCCUACAAGGUCACCAAGGCCGCGUGGCCGUACUUCCGUGACCAGAAGUAUGGGAGAAUUGUCAACACCGCCUCCCCAGCCGGGUUGUACGGUAACUUCGGCCAGGCCAACUACGCCACCGCCAAGCUUGCUCUUGUCGGGUUUGCUGAGACUUUGGCGAAGGAAGGUGCCAAGUACAACAUUCGUGCCAACGUCAUCGCUCCGCUUGCCAAGUCCAGAAUGACCGAAGAUCUCUUGCCUCCAGAUGUGUUGGAGAAGAUCUUGCCUGAGAAGGUUUCUCCGUUGGUCCAGUACUUGGCCCACGCCGAUAACCAGACUUCUGGUGCUAUCUUUGAGGUUGCUGGUGGCUUCUUUGGCCAGGUCAAGUGGCAGAGAUCCUCCGGGCAGAUAUUCCGCGGUGACGAGGAAACCUUCACCCCAGAGGCCAUUCUUAACCAGUUUGACUCCAUCAUGGACUUUGGUGAAAAGCCAUUCAAUGUCAAGACCUCCUAUCCAACUCAGGUCUCCGACUACCUUUCCAUUUUGGAGGAGUCCAAGAAGGUCACCAAGCCAAACCCACAGGGUAACACCAAGAUUGAUCUCACUGGCAAGGUUGUGCUUAUCACUGGCGCCGGUGCGGGUUUGGGCCGUUCUCACGCUUUGUGGUUCGCCCGUUACGGUGCCACCGUCGUUGUCAACGAUUUCAAGGACCCACACUCUGUUGUUGCCGAAAUUAUUGCCAAGGGUGGUAAGGCGUUGGCUGACAAGCACGAUGUCGUUACGCAAGCCCCAGAGAUCGUCAAGCACGUCUUGGACACCUACGGACGUAUUGACGUUCUUGUCAACAACGCCGGUAUCUUGAGAGACAAGUCGUUCUUGAAGAUGACCGAUGCCGACUGGGACCUGGUCAUUAACGUUCAUAUUAUCGGUACCUUCAACUUGUGUAAGUUGGUCUGGCCGGUGUUUGUCCAGCAGAAGUUUGGUAGAAUCAUCAACACCACUUCCACUUCUGGUAUCUACGGCUCUUUCGGCCAGGCUAACUAUGCCGCUGCUAAGUGUGGUAUCGUUUCCUUCUCCAAGACCUUAGCUGUCGAGGGUAAGAAGAACAACAUUUUGGUCAACACCAUUGCCCCACACGCCGAAACCGCCAUGACUUUGACUAUCUUCGGUGAAGGCGAGUUGAACAAGUUCCCACCUUCUCACGUCUCUCCAAUGGUGGUCUUGUUGGCUUCUGACCAAGUUCCAGUCACCGGUGAAACCUUCGAAGUUGGUGCCGCCUGGGUCGGUAACACCCGUUUCCAGAGAGCCAAGGGUGUUGUGCACCUUGCCUCCGACAAGUCUCCGUUCGACAUCGACUGGGUGGCUGCUCACUUCGCGGAGGCCCAGGACUUCUCCUCCGGCGCUGUCGCCAUUAAGUCUCCAGCCGAAUCUUCCAUGGCGAUUAUGGCCUCCCUUGGGGGUGAUGAGGAUGACGAGGACGAGGAGGAUGAAGAGGAUGAGGAGAGUGCCAACGAGUUCUACGAGCUUUCUCCACGUAACAUUAUGCUUUACAACUUGGGGAUUGGUGCCCAGUACGACGAGUUGAAGUACGUGUUUGAGGGCAGUAAGGACUUCCAGGCCAUCCCAUCUAUCGGUGUCAUCCCAGCCAUGGUGCAGUGUGACGACGGGUACGACUUGGAUAGCUACUUGAAGAACUUCAACCCAAUGAAGUUGUUGCACGGUGAACAGUACUUAAAGAUUAAGCAGUGGCCUAUUCCUACCGAUGCCAAGUUGACCACCACCGCCCACCCUGUCCAGAUCACUCAGAAGGGCAAGAACGUAGUUUGUGUUGGUGGCUUUGACACCAUCGACAAGGCUACUGGCAACCCUGUUUUCUACAACGAGAUGACCACUUUCAUUCGUGAUGCUCAGGGUGAAAGCAAGGUCUACUCUCCAAGACCUGCCUUUGCUACCACCUCUUUCGACGCUCCAAAGAGAGCGCCGGACUACGUUGUCGAGAAGAAGACCUCCGACAACCAGGCUGCCCUCUACCGUUUGUCUGGUGACUACAACCCAUUGCACAUUGACCCAGGCUUUGCUAAGGGUGGUAACUUCGAUAAGCCAAUCUUGCACGGCUUGUGCUCCUUCGGUGUUUCUGCCAAGGCUCUUGUGGACAAGUUUGGUAACUUUGAGGAAGCCAAGUUGAGAUUCACCAGUGUCGUCUACCCAGGUGAGACCUUGAAGGUCGAGGCCUGGAAGGAGGGCAAGGACGUUGUUAUCUUCAGAACCACUGUUGUUGAACGUAAUGUUAUUGUCAUCAACAACGCUGCUGUCAAGAUUUUGGGCAACGGUAGUGCCAAGUUGUAG